GAGCAGGGAGGAGGCGGGCAGCCCCGCGCUUUGUGUGCUUGAGGGGGAGGCGAGGCGGCCUCACAAGCCCCGGCUCGGGCUCGGCGCCGGCGUAGCCCUCCCACCUCACUUCCGAAGCCCAGGAGAAGGGAAGCGGCCGCGAGUGGAGGGCCUGCCGGAGGGGGAGGGUCGGUCGAGGGGCUUCUGCAGGGAGCGGAGCCCUCGGGUAUCAGGAGGGGCAAUUGUAAGCCAUACUGACGAAGAAGGAUUGGCUGGUCCAAAGGAGAGAAACUACAGACUUGUGUGAGAGAGAACAUAGAGCUAUGUUCCAAGCCAAGGGUCCAGCUGGUACAACCUCUACUAAUGAGUCAAAGAGCAACUCAGGGGCAUCGACUGUGCAGAGGUCCAAGUCAUUCAGCCUGAAGGCCCAGGUGAAGGAAACAUGCAGCGCUUGCCAGAAAACCGUCUACCCCAUGGAGCGCCUGGUGGCUGAUAAAUUUGUCUUCCAUAACUCCUGCUUUUGCUGCAAGCACUGCCGCACCAAGCUAAGCCUGGGUAGUUACGCAGCUCUCCAUGGGGAAUUCUACUGCAAGCCACACUUCCAACAGCUAUUCAAGAGCAAAGGCAACUAUGAUGAAGGUUUUGGACGCAAACAGCACAAGCAGCUCUGGCUGCAGAAAGAGGUGGAGAAUGGGACGGAUACAGCAUGACCAGCUGCCCCCUGUGUCCCCACAUUGAGAGCCUUGCUAUGGAGAUGAACUGAGCUGAUGGAAAGCAGUGGUGCUUGCAAGGGAUACUAGGAGCAGGGAAGGAGAGACAGGAGUACUUACAAUGGGGUAGCAGUAGUAUUUGGGCAGUGGGAAGAUCCAAGAACUCCAGAAACUACCCAGAUGGUAUUGAGAAUGGAGAAUCUUAGAGAAAUACCAGUGCCCUGUCAGGGACAGGGGAUCAUAUUAGUUAUGCAACAACAGAUAUUGCAAACGAGUAAUGCAAAAUAUAUGUUUGAACUUUACAAACAGACGAUACUUCCAAGGUGAUUCACCUUCUGGUACAAAUCCUUCACUGGAAGUCCAUUCUUAUUGCACAUAUCCCACAUGUGUUAUGUACAAGCAGCUCUCCUCCCUCCCUCUUCCACUGCCAGUCCAGACACUGUUCCUGCUAAGAGUCUAGUUUGGGGAAACUGUUCAACUACUAUUUUCCUUGCCCUUGAAACCUUAGGCUAAAGACACCUCUGUAGCAGACUUUGGAUUAACUAGGCCUGUCCCAUUUUUGGAGGCAGUAGAGCACACCUGUUCUAAUUGGGAGUCCACUUCUUCAGGCCGUUGCAUGACAGGGCGGGGAACAUAGUGAAAUCUCACCAUUAAUUUGUCCAGGAUGCAUAUUUUCACUUCUUUCUAGCUAAAAACACCUGUGUUGUUUCCUGAUUGCUUAUGCACUUACGCUGCAGAAACUAUAUACAUGGCCUGUAGGGACAAGUGUAUGUGCUCUACUUUAGUCAGGCUAGACUAGCAUGGGAAGAGAGAGCACAUGCUUCUUUGUAAUGGUCAGUGCCAGCAAGUUUCUGCUGUUGUAGUUAAAUGGUAUUAAGGAUCAUUCCUGGAAACGGGAAUGCUGAUAUAUAUAUAUAUAUAUUUUGGUACAAAAGAACCAUGAUGAAUUGGGCCAUGAAAUCGGAAUCCAACCUUGCACCCUGGUUUUCAUCAGCUCUGUUCUGCCCAUUCAGCCUUAAACCCUGGGGAAGCAUUCAAUGUCUCUCUUUUAUAUUUGCCUUUUUCAGUGGUAUGUUGUAAGCUGAAGCACAGACUCGUGGUGUUGUGUCCAGAGUUGCGCUGUGCUCUCUUAUUUUUGUAAUAUAAGUUUUCUGAGCCUUUC